GGCGGGGCCGAGGGCGGGCGUGCGGCCGUUGCCAGGUGACGGGCCGUGUCCGCGGGGCCCAGCGCGCCCGGCCCGGCCCGGCCCGCAGCAGGAUAUGGAGUAAUCAAGUCAGAAAUUGCCCUAUGAGCAUCUGCGUCAUUCAAGAUAAAUGGAGAUGAAUGGCUGUGACUAGUAAAUGAAAAUCUCUGUAGGAGAGAGAUGGGAAACGAAAGACACAGAACAGCAGUGGCAUUGAAAGAAAAGUACUGAGCCUUUUGAAUUUCUUCUGCUACUGCAGAGAUGAAGACUUUUGACUGGACGUGAGCAGUCAGAGCACAUAUUGAGAUGGACCUGAAGUGGAAUCCUGGCAGAGUUUCUCAUCCAGCCUCAGCUGCAGUCGGGGUGACUGAUUUGAGUUGGCGAGGCAACCUAAAUCCCAGUCUGCUGAUUAAAGAUGACGGAGAGCUACUUAUGGAUGAAUACCUUUCCCCCAGGAAGCUGAAAUUUUUGACAGGGGUAGAUGAUCUGCACCAAGUGAAGGCCCUAGAGAUGCGAGUAGAUACACGAGAGAACAGCUUGGGGAACUUUGGUGCCUAUCUACCUAAUCUGAGAGAACUGAAGUUGAACAAUAGCUUGCUUGUGUCUGUGAGGGAUCUUGGAACGACAUUGUCCCAUCUCCAUGUCCUGUGGAUGGCUCACUGUGGGCUCUCAGAUUUAGAUGGGAUCUCCUCCUGCAGCUCUCUAAAAGAACUCUACGUAGCCUAUAACAAUAUCUCUGACCUGAGCCAGCUGACCUGGUUGGAUCACCUUGAGGUUUUGGACCUGGAAGGGAACAAUAUUGAGGACAUCGACCAGAUGCAAUACCUGGGACUCUGUCGCAAGCUGAGCCGCCUGACAGUGGAGGGCAACCUUAUAUGUCUGAAGCCAAAUGCAGAAUCUGCAGAGGAACCAGAUUAUAAUUAUAGAGCUGAAGUAAAAAAACUCAUUCCCCACUUGGAGUAUUUGGACGAAAUACCAACAAGCCAGACUGCUCUCCUUCCUUCCAAGAAGACACAUGAGGACUGGCUGAUCAUCAAGGAAUCCAUCAAGGAAGGUAGUUUAGCUGGAGACGUUUCAUGGUUAGGUCCGUAUCUUGGGGCAGUAGCAAGGCAGUCUGGAUGCAGCCUGGGACCCCUGACAGCUUCCAGACCUGGAACUGCACAGUGGUCUGCUAACGCAGGGAGAUCUCGCAGUGCCCACCUCUUGUGCAGUGGCUGUCCUCUUCCAGGUCACGCUGUUUCUGAGGAGCUGUUCACAGAAGAUAGCUCCAGUGAUUUGACACAUGGACUCUGUCAAGUUAUAUGUGGGAACCCCACCAAAGCCCUUCGUGCAAGGAGGCAAAAGCUAGGUCCACCUGCAGUGAGCCCUUUGAAACUGUGCAGUCUGAGGACGGAAAACCUUUGCGGCUCUGGAGGAGGAGGAGGAUGUCUGCACCAGGAGGAUGUGUUCUCUGAACUGAGAGAGCGGAGAGAGCAGCACAAGCGGUGCCUGCAAACAGGUCAGCAAGAAAAAGCUGCCCGAACACUGAGGGUAACUCUUAGUGAUGAGGAAGAGGGUGAGGUCUGCAGCCCGACUCACAGCUGUGAAGAUGCAUUGAGGGAGACCCGUGAUGAGCACCUCAUCGAAAGGAUUUCACUUGAUUCUUCUUGCCACUCCUGUCUCUCCCAGUCUUCCUCAGGUUCAUCACAGGCUCAGGAGGGCGCAGCGUGCUCCAAACCGAAACACUGUCUAAUCCCAUCCCCUCCAAAAAGCCCUCCACCUGCAUCUGUAACGGGCGGUGCAGCAGGACCCUGGAAAAUGAGGAACCGCAGGCUAAGAUGCCUCAGAACACCCAGGCAAGAGGAGGACAGGCAAUGGACACGGCAGUGCCAGCCAAGGGCUCAUCGGGAAACUUCAGCCCAGGCUCUGGGCAAGGAAGGUGCUCUCGUGAGCCAGCACGGCGUGCCGGCUGCCUCGGGGUCCCCAGGGCAGAGCCGGCCCGCUGGGAGCACGGGCUGGCAACGGCCCCUGUCAGGACCAGCAGCUGUUGGAUCCAGAAGCAGCAGGCCCAUGGUGGAUGAGAGCCCCCCUGGAGAGAUCAACCACCACCAGCCAGCUGUCUGCUCGUCCACAAAAGCCUCGGAGAGGUUUGGGCUGAUGCAUGCUGCUUGGCCCCUGACUGCCAGGGCCAUGCUGCAGUCAUUGCCAGACAGACCCGCUGCCUCAGCAACGUCUCAGAACAGAAAUCCCCGGUCCUAGAAGAUACCCAGGUGGCAGCAUGUGUUGGAGCCAUGCACACAGCACCAUCUUGGAGGACCGAUGCUAUCUUUCAGCUUCUUCUGCAAGCUAGACACAGAGCUGUACAAGUAGAGCAGUUCAAACAAACGACAUGAUUUGCCUCAAUUAAGGCUACAGCUGCUCCAGAAAUACUUGCUUUAAAGAGCACCCACUGAUCAACAGAAGAGCUAAUUAACCUCUUCUUACGGAAAAACAGGGUUAUUUUUGCAGCCUUCAUGCACUAAAAGAGAACGAGUCCUAACGUAUUUCCUCUCAUCCACACCAUGUGCUGCUCCGCGGGUCAGGCAGGGACACUGAGCCAAGCCGAGCAUGGAGCCUGCGCUUUGUGGAGUGGACUGGAGGAGGUGAGGGACACGGGGCAUUCCCUGUCACGCCCAGCCACCUGACCCAGCAGCAGCCCCGUGGUGUAUCUUUUGCAGCCCUGGAUGUUUAACAUGCAAGGGACAAAGCCAGGGGCUGGAGAGGAAGCGCUGACGGGAGCGGGCUGUAAGGGAGGGACGCGCUGCCCGAGGAAGAGCCCAGGAAGGCUGGGUGGCUUCAGACCUUAUGUCCCCACAGGAGCUCACCCCAUUCACAGGCCCCCGAGGGCCUUGUUCCCUGCAUCACUGUGGGAGCGAGUGCUGACCAGGUGGCUCAUCCCCAUAUUAACGUGUUUGUUUGCUUCGUAGCAUUUCUGCUGCUUCCUAUGGGGAGACGUUGCACGCCGGGACUGCGCUAGCAGGGCUGACCUCUGUGAGCAGGUGCCAGAGCAUCCCCUGAGUGUGCCUUUAGAGCCAGGCAUCCCACCUCUCGCUUUUUUAGAUCAAAUAGGCUUUCCAAUUUCCUAUAUCCAAAUAAUUUUAAGUAGUGCUGCGUCAAAAACAAGGCAGGGAAGAGAGGGAAUAAUCUCUUGUUUUUCCAGUAGGGCAUUUGCUUUAUAUUCGGGUGAGAUUCAAAAUAUCUGUUUUAGUGACUGCAGACUGUGAGAUGCUGAUCCAAAUGGCUGUGCCUUACAACAUUAUUGAUGUUGCAGUCUGAAGCCAAGCGUCAUCACAUUUUUUUCCAGUUUAAAUUACUAUGUUAGCUAUAUAUUUUUAAAUCAGUUGAUAAAACAGUAAU